AUGGUGGGGAAGUGGUCGCUUCCGCACAGAUCAUCAUGGACGCUCCAGCUGAAUUCCGAUCUUAGCCCUGCGUCAGCCAAGGACCGAAUAAAUGCCCUUUGCAGGAUGAAGAAAGCAGAUGUAGCAGACCUUCUGUUAGACCGACGAUUAAACGUACUUAAGGCCUGUAAGGGAGCAGAGUAUGGAGGCAGUGUUUCCACUGGCAGACGCCUAUACGUGGACGAGAAACACAAACUGCUGUAUUGUCCAGUUAAUAAAGUCGCUUCGACGUUCUGGAAAAGAAUAUUUAGGGUAAGCCUAUCAUUUGGUACGAAAAGUCGACUCAAUCCCUAUGAUGUGGGGAGAACUAACGGCUCCUUGUACAGAUUAGAGAGAUAUCCUGCAAAUGUUUCUGAAUGGAUGCUGACAACAUACCCUUCGUUUUUGUUCGUCCGAGAACCAUAUUCCAGACUGCUGGCGUGCUAUAUCGAUAAAUUCUUCACUACAAACCCCUUGUUUUGGAAUAUUGGGAAAGUCAUCAUCCGGAAUUAUCGGAGGAACCCAGACAAAUUGUCAUUAUCCUGUGGACACAAUGUCACAUUUCCUGAAUUUAUUAAACACGUCAUUCGUACUGUGGAGACAAGAUCUGGACUUGACUCGCACUGGAUGCCCGUGUAUAUGGUAUGUUCUCCUUGUGAGGUGGAAUAUGACCUCGUCGGUAAGUUAGAGACAAUUUCCCAGGACGUCAACUACAUUUUGGAAAAGCACUUUGGUGAUGACAUUAUUUUUAAUGACAUGGAAAGUGAAAGCGAAGUAGACAAUCUUGUCAGAAAUCUGGUGAAUGUGUACGGUCGGAAUAACUCGCAUGUUGCGGAUUGUAUGCCGUUAUCUGAGUCUUUAAGGAGAUACCUCAGAAAAGAACAGAUGCGCGGCAUCCUAAAUAAAUCUGUUGAAUUUCCAGAUUGGUUCAGCCAUGAUAAAUCAGUUUCCAAGGAAGAAGUGAAAACGUUUAUCUUACAGAAGUACAAAGGGGACAGCGAUAAAAGCCUACGCAAACUAAACCGUCAAGAAGCUCUAGUGGAGGCAUACAGCCAGGUGCCAAUGGAGGACAUGCUGAAACUGCAAACACUUUACAAACCAGACUUUGACAUAUUUGGUUACGAUCCGCAGCCCGCUGAGCUGUUUGAGGAAAAUAUGAGAAAACGGAAUAUGAGGAAAUUCUAUUUUUCAUGA